AUGACACUCAGCAUACUCCAACUGGUCUUCGUGCUUGUCACCCUAGGCAUCGCCAGUGCCAGCUUGCUUGAUAUACCUGACGCGGGCUCGGCCGCUUUCGCCUCGAUUCAGAACAGAAACCACGCAGACUCUCAUCUAGAAGCUAAUACCUCACAAAAAGAUGGCAUAUUCACCCAGGCCGUUCAGAUCUUAGAUUCGAUGAGGUCAUCACCAUCUUGUCACCGCAUCGCAGCAACAAAGCUAGUCUCGUCAUGUCAAGAGAUGGGAGGGAAAGAGGCCAUAACACGUGAACAGUAUGAUGUUUUAGACCAGACAAGGUCGGUAUACGCUGCACGUCUUGCUAUCUGCGAGAUCGAAGAGGCAGGCUCUUCAACCCCCACGCAAUGUCUUCCUUUGACUGUUGCUCCAGUUGAGGCAAAACUUCGAUUCAACUUUAUGGCUAAGGCUAAGCAAUCAAAAUCUGCUGCGACCGAAUAUCCCAAGGAAGUGCUCGAGAUUUGUCUCAGGACCCUUGAGUCACGACCUCAGUGGUGGAUCUCGUAUAGUAACAACCGACAAAAUGCUAUGGUGAUUUGCCAAGCUACGAGGAUGGAGACUGACAAGGAUGAGCUGCUCAAUCUUCAUCGUUCUAUCGUGAACAGCAAUGUCAAGCUUAACGAAGGACUUCAGCUUGCACUGCAAAAAGCCGCCUUGGAUUCUGUGAGAAACGAAGAGUUCUUCCAAGUUGUGCAGGCCUUGCAGGACAAGUUUUUGGUCGAUCUGGAACGAAAUGAAUCUGCUUUUCAACGCGUCUUCGGAAAGCUUAUACAUGAAGUUGAAGCCGGGAUCGGUUCUGUGGUGAAUACAGUCACUUCUUCUCUGAAGAGAGUACAGACUGAAACAACGAGCCUUGAAAAGGACAUCGGAAACGUGUCUGGUCAGGUGAUAGCUCUCCAAAGGGCCCUUGAAACAGCGCAUGAAGACUUUGGUUCAAGGAACGACGAAUCACUUCGCGUUUUCGAGGAACAUGCCGUAUUAUACCAAGGUCUUGCCUCGAGCCUGCACCUCUCCUUGGAAUCUCUUGUAGGUGCAGACUUGCGAAGAGUUUCUCAAAAAAUGACAGAUCUCGACGCAUCACUGGAAUGGCUUACGAGUCGACUAAUCCGUGUUCUUGAACACGAAACGGAACUUGCCGAGAGACUGAAGACAAUGGGAGACCUGGUCGAAAAGUCAACAAACAAGGCAAACGAGCUACAGAUAGCCCAAGUCCAACAAGCUGAAGCACUCGCUGCCCAGUCUCGAACACACCGGGAAUUGCAAUUCACCGCACAAUUCUCUCAGGCUUUGCUAGACAAGGCCUUUAUAACUGCAGCAAAUCUGCAAGCAACUAUUCAACAAGCAUCUACCAAAGCCCAGCAAAUCCCGCAGCUGGGUCGCUUUUCUAUCUGGUCACUUGGGUUGACCUUGCUCCUUGCUAUCGGAGCGCAAUAUUCAAAAGUUGCAACUAGUUUAUUCUUUCUGGUUUUUGGGCACAAGAUUGCCGUUUUCGUUCUUCAAUAUCUUUGA